GUUCGUAGCCAGUCAUGGCAGACAGGAGGCAGGCGUUCUCAAGGCGAUUGCAGAUUUUUUUUUCUUGCAUUUGGUGAAUUGACGCGUGGCGACAGAUUAUAAGGUGGCAACAUGGCGGGGACACCAACCACGCACAUUUACGAUCCUAGGAGUUGCUUUCUUUGCCAGAAAGCUCGAAUUAUUUGCGACUUGAGUCGCCCGUGCGUGCAAUGCAAGUUGAUUGGAGCGGCGCACAUGUGCAUGGGGUAUGAGUUGAACAAUCAUUCCGUGGAGCAGCCGAGCAGAGGAGAGAGGGGGGACGGCGAGUACGGCCUGCCUUUCGCGUGCGCGAGUGGCGGCAGGGAUGCGGCGCGCCAGAAGCAGAAGCUUGGGGGGCAGGAGGAGAUGGCCGAGUCUGCGAUUCAGGAUAGGAGGAGUAAGGUGUCUCUGGAGGAGCACAUGAGCGCUGAGGGGUUGUUGCAGCGGGGCGUUCAGACGUCGGCCAAGUAUCCGUAUAUGUUGGACGUGAGCGAGUCUAAGAACAGGGAGGCGACGCCUGAGAGUCAGCAGAGUGGGGAGCGGUCUGAGCUGUUUAGAGCGCAGAGUCCGCGCAGAGGGGUGAGUAGUUGUUAUGGCGGCGUGUACGACGGUGGUCAUAUAGGUGGCGUGAUUGGUGGCCAGUCACAGGAAGGAGGCGAACAGCGGCUUCACGCGUCGUUGACCGAGUCCGCUAGGGACGUAGAAGAGCGUCAGAAGCAACAGCGCGGAGAUAAACAGAGAAAGAGACAGAAGACGGCGCUUCUAGAGGGGAAGAGUUACUAUGCGGGAGGCGUCAUGUUGGAUUCGACGGCGCCCCAUUUUUCUGGAGUCGAGGACAGGAAUAGGACAGACGUGUCGCCUGAGUGUCUGUACGAUGUGAGUUCGACGCUUUUUGACGGCAAGGUCGAGGGGGGUGACACGGUGGAGUGGGAUGCGUCGUUGUAUGCAUGCGGUGGUGAUGCCUGUUCUUCUCGUAUGGGCAUGGUUAGUCGUUCUCCCCGCUUCGGCGUUGUACGUGCUGGACUCUGGGUCCCAUCCGCCCGUGUCCAAGCCCGCACUCGGACACCCAGAUGGAGCCGGUGACUUUCCGCUGGACGACCAGGCGGGGCUGAACGAGGCACUUGUGAGAGAGGUGAUUCGCCUUCGUCAGGACCAGUACAAAAUUAUGCAGGAGCUGAAUUUCCUGAGGGACCAGCAGGACCAGAUGAUCAAGAGCGCGCCCAGUUUGUUCCAGCUCCAGAACAUAUUGGCUCAGCUGAGCAUUGGGUUUCCGUCCACCGCGCAGGGAGGCGCGUUGCAGCAGCAGGCGAAGGCGUCGGCGAGGCCGACGGACGUCGAAGUAGACGACAAGAAGGGGGCUGGGGCGGACGCGAGUCGUCUCGAGGCCGGGCGGUGCGCGGACGCUCGUCUGGCGGAUGGGUCGAAGCUGAACAUAGCGUCGGUCGACUGCGAGUCGGACGGGAGGGUGGGGCUCGAGAGCGGCGCCGCGAAGAUGGAGUCUUCCGACAACGCGCGGUCGUUGCAUCCUUCGCCCGCGGACGGCCGAGCCGAAGAGUACGAUUACUUGGGCGGCAUGUCCUCAGAGCCCUCUGUGGACACGGUGGAGGCGACGUUGAACAUGACUUCUCCCGUGAGCGGCCCCUUCUUGCCCGAAGUCGACACGCCUGACGGCGAGACGCAGUGCGGGGAGCCGGCGUCGGUGUCCUCCCUGAGUGUGUUCUUGGUCGAGACCGGGAUUCAGUUGGCCGAGAACUUGCAGUCGAUGAUGGGAGACGACUGCCCCAUUGUGAUUUUUGACUUCACGUACAACAUGCCAGUGAUAAGAAACACAAACAUGGCAUUUUUGGACCUGUUUGGAUACACCCAGGACCAGGUGGCCAAGAUGAAGUGGAGGAUGUUCAUUUGUCCUCAAUACUUGGAGAGGACCGUGCAAAUACUGAAGCAGGCGCGUUCUCAGAAGGACACGUUUAUUCAAUUCACUCAAGUGUAUACGAAUGUGUACUUUAAGAAUUUCUUGGCGCUCGAUACACACGUGUUGCUGUCGACUCAGCGAGGGGGCCUGGUGGACCUGGUGAUCAUACAGCCGGACAAGAGUCUGCCGUGCCCGUCCAUAGGGGACCGGUGCUUUCGCUCCUUCAAGGUGCCGCUCCCGAGUCGCUUGGAGGGCAGUGAGGUGGUGAAGAGCGACGCGGAGCAGAGCCAACAGUACGCCCGCACGAUGCUAAGCGCGACCCUAAAUAUAGCAUCGAUGGCGUCCAGAGCGGCCAGGGGGAUCGACGUGGACCCCUCCGGUCGGGAAGAGGGCUCGACAGAGCUGCCGGAACGGUGGAAAUCUGCAUCGGGGGAGCGUCAGAUGAAAGAGGGCGAUCGCGCUGAGGGGGCGCCAGGUUGCGCCGGGGACGCUAUUUCUAACCCGGCCUACGAGAGACUGCACCCGCGGGGUGACGAUCGAGGCAUUCAUCCGAGUGCGAGUGACCUGGUCAACCGCGAAAAAGACCGAGCUAUCGAGCAAAAAAGGGCCCAAAACGCGGCUUCAGAGGGCAGCUCAUCGCCCUAUUACCACUCUUACCAACAUGGCCUUGGCUUUCCAUCGGCUCCCUCCGAAAAGAAAGCCUAUCCGGUGGACGCCGACCAAUCCUCCAAAUUUCCAGCAAGAGAUUUUGCUCCGAAGACCAUUCUUCCCUCUUCGGACUAUUCGUCGCUUGACCAUCACCAAUUCUACGCCCCGAGCCACCCCUUCGCCUCGAACCAUCUGCAGACGACGGAACUCUGCACCCAUGAACCUCAAUCGCAACACGCCGAGCCACUUGGCUCUUCCGUCUCCCAAAAGCCCCGUCUGGAACUCUCAGAACUCCACAGUUCUCAUCGCCCUUCUUCUUCCUCCCCCCUUCACCGCGCCUCGCUCCCGAGCCACGCGCCCCCCCUCGCCUCCUCCCUUCACUUCUUCCAGGACUGCAAGCAGCGCCACUACUCCGACCCCCUCCUUCCUCGCCCGCCUCAUCCAUACGAAGACCCUCUUUUUUUUACCGACUUCGGUGACGACAGUUCUCGAUUUUACAAUAAAUAAAAAAAUUUGAAACAUCGAAA